GUGAAAAACAUUCCCGCCACUUCAGGAACAACAACUGCUUGUUGUGAUCAGAGACUAUACAUGUUAUUUUAAGUCUGUUUUGAUACAGCAUGGCAUUGCAACCUAAGCAGGACUUGUCGUUAGACAAUCUGGGUCAAGACCAGGGAUUUUUCAGCUUCUACAAAGGGCUUCAAGAGAAACCGAGUACUACAUUGCGAGUUUUUGACCGAGGUGACUACUACACUGUUCAUGGGCAAGAUGCUGCCUUUGUUGCUAAGGAAGUCUUUAAGACAACUGGUGUUAUCAAGUAUCUUGGGUCAGGAAGCAGCAAGCUUGAAUCAGUUGCCUUAAGCAAAAUGAACUUUGAGUCUCUGGUUCGAGAUUUGCUCUUGGUGCGUCAGUACAGAGUAGAAGUCUUCAAAAACAAAGGAUCCGCCAAAGCACCAGACUGGUUUUUGGCCUUUAAGGCAUCCCCAGGUAAUCUGACCCAGUUUGAAGAUAUUCUUUUUGGCAAUGCAGACAUGUCACAGUCAGUGGGUGUUAUAGGAGUGAAGAUUGCUUCAGGAGAUGGCCAGAGGAUUGUGGGAGUUGGGUAUGCAGAUGCCAUACUAAGAAAAUUUACAGUCAGUGAAUUUGCAGAGAACGACCAGUUUUCCAAUCUAGAGGCUUUGAUAGUUCAGUUAGGACCAAAGGAAGCAAUCAUUGCAACAGGAGAUGCAAAUCCUGAUGUAGUGAAACUAAAGCAAGUUCUGGAAAGGAGUGGCCUGCUUAUCACAGAACGCAAGAAAGGGGACUUCACUAAUAAGGAUGUUGUUCAAGAUCUCAAUCGACUGCUUCGAUUUAAAAAUGGAGGCCAGCCAAACAGCGCUACUCUUUCGGAAUUGGAUAAAACUCAUGGAGUAUCAGCACUGUCUGCUGUGAUCAAGUAUUUGGAGCUGCUUUCAGAUGAAGGGAACUUUGGACAGUUUUCAUUAUCAUCGUUCGACCUUGCUCAGUACAUGAAGCUGGAUGCCGCAGCUGUGCGUGCACUUAAUCUUUUGCCCAGUCCCAAUGAAAGUGGAAACAAAAACCAAAGUAUUCUAGGACUACUAAAUAAAUGUCGGACUGCUCAAGGACAACGACUCUUGGCUCAGUGGGUUAAGCAACCAUUAAUGGAUAUCAACAAAAUAGAGGAGCGUCUCAAUAUAGUUUCAGUCAUGUUGGAUGAUGCUGGACUGAGGCAGACGCUUCAGGAGGAACAUUUGCGUCGUUUGCCUGAUUUUCAGAGAAUUGCUAAGAAGUUCCAGCGACACCGAGCUACACUGCAGGAUUGCUAUCGUGUAUACCAAGCCAUUGACAAGAUGCCUUACCUGCUUGAGGCUCUGAAUGGUCACUCUGGCAAACAUGCUUCACUUUUGAUGGAGAUGUUUGGCAAUCCAGUCAAAGAGCUUUUGCUGGACUUCAGCAAGUUCCAGGAGAUGGUGGAGGCCACACUUGACAUGAGCAUGGUGGAGCAGCAUGAGUUUGUUGUGAAACCUGAUUUUGAUGAGAAUCUGGCAGUUUUGAGGGAGAAAAUCACAGAGUUGGAAGACAGUAUAAAAUCUCAGCUGAACAGAGUAGCACGAGACCUUGGACUGGAGCCAAACAAGACUGUCAAACUAGAAAACAACAGUCAGCUAGGCUUCUACUUCCGAGUCACAAGAAAGGAAGAGAAAGUCUUGAGGAACAACAAGAACUAUCACACAAUUGAUACAAACAAAAAUGGAGUGCGAUUCCACAACUCAUCUGUCAGACAGUACAAUGAAGAAUAUCUGCAGGCCAAAGAAGAAUAUAAUGAACAGCAGAAAACUGUCGUGACAGAAAUCAUUAACAUUGCAUCUGGCUAUGCAGAACCGAUGUUAAUGCUGAAUGAUCUGAUAGCUCAGUUAGAUGUGCUGGUCAGUUUUGGCCAUGUUUCUGCAUCUGCUCCUAUCCCUUAUGUACGACCAACCAUCCUGCCUCAGGGUUCUGGGAUUUUGACUUUGACUGAGGCAAGACAUCCAUGCCUGGAGAUGCAGGAUGAUGUCUCAUUCAUCCCCAACAAUGCUUCCUUUCACAAAGAUAAACAUAUGUUUCACAUAAUCACGGGUCCCAACAUGGGUGGAAAGUCAACAUACAUCAGAUCAGUAGGAGCUAUUGUGCUGAUGGCUCAGCUGGGCUGCUAUGUUCCAUGCUCCGAGGCGGGGGUAAGUGUGGUGGACUGCAUUUUGGCACGAGUUGGGGCAGGUGACAGUCAGCUAAAGGGAGUGUCAACUUUCAUGGCUGAGAUGUUGGAAACGGCCUCCAUUCUGAGAUCAGCAUCUAAGGAUUCUCUCAUCAUUAUUGAUGAGCUUGGGCGAGGAACAUCAACUUAUGAUGGAUUUGGACUUGCCUGGGCAAUAUCUGAGUAUAUAGUGAAGAAAAUUGGCUGCUUCUGCAUGUUUGCAACACACUUUCAUGAAUUGACUGCGUUGGCCGAUUCAUUGUCUUCAGUGAACAACCUUCAUGUGACAGCCCUCACCACGAAUGACACCCUUACCCUUCUGUACAGAGUGAAGCCUGGUGUUUGUGACCAGAGCUUUGGAAUUCAUGUUGCUGAGUUAGCUCACUUCCCCAAGCAUGUGAUUGAGUUUGCACGACAGAAGGCCAGGGAGUUGGAGGACUACCAGAGUCUGAGUCUGACGGGCACAGGAUUGGAGGGUGAGGAUGAACCUGCUGUGAAAAAACGCAAAAUAGCAAAGCAGGAAGGUGAGGUGAUUAUCAAGGGAUUUUUGUCCCGGGCGAAAGAGCUGGCAGCUUCAAACCUUUCUGCAGAGGAGCUCAUGGCAGAACUGCAAAAGAUGAAGGCGGAAGUGAAAUCCAAGAAAAAUCCCUAUGUUGAAGAUGUUUUGUCCAGAAAGGCUGUUGUAUAACUGAACAUUUGAGGAGAUGCCAGCUUUCUUGUAUGGUUGUGACCAAUUGUGUGCUUGGCAUGGUUAUAAUGAAAGUGUCAGUGCAUGCAUUCAUGAUUUUGUGGAGGUGUGGGUGAAUGGAAAUGAAGCAUACAAUGAGACUUUAAUGGACAAACAAUUUUGGAGUUCAAAUUUAUGUUUAAGAAAGGAUGCUAUUAAAAAAUUCAGAAAUUUCCAAGUAAACAAAAACAUGAUGUGCAUAUGAUCCACACAGGUCCACACAUAUGCAGCAGUGCUUGUGGGAGCACAACAAAGCUGUCACAAAUGUCACUUUCUGUUGCGUCAUUUAUAAGAUUUAAAAUAAAAACUCAUCACAAGUGUUGCA